GGAAACGGUUGAAAUCAAACAGUGGGACAUCACAUUCAAGUACAGAUUUUAUGCCAGACACUACACCAAUGGAAACAAGUGAAAGUAUACCACCUACCUCUGUUUCCAUGGUUACAGACAAUGCCAUCAUUACAUCAACCCCCACAGGUCCGCUGCCAAUACGUCAUCCAUGCGGUAUGUACAGUAAUUUUCUCUCCCUGCUGCGCGACACGAUAACAGCUGCUCCUGAUUUCAAAAUAACAUUGCAAGAACUGCAAGAGAAGGUCACUGAUUGGCAGAAGUCGUCUACAAGCCUGCUCAACAACUGGUUUAAUCUGCAUCAAAAGUGGUCUGAACUGGUUCCGACCGCAUUGAAGUGGUUAGCUGCUGGAAAAACAUCACCCAGUACCAAUUUCUCACCCAAAUUAGAAUUUGGAAAUGAUAAAAAAUGGAAGUGGAUAGGUAUGGGAAAUGACAGUGACGGAGAAUUGAUUUUGCUAUGGAAACAGUUUAUACCACUGUUGAGAGAGAAAAAGAAAAAGAAAAAAGAGAAAACUCCACUCCUGAAAAGAAAGAGAUAACUGAUAUACCAAGUCCGAGAAUGAGAACAGAUUAUGUUGUUAAACCGUCUUUGGAUGAACAGAAAAAAAUAAUCCGAGAACAGGAAACCAGGCGGUAUGAACAACCGCACAAGGCAUUCACUUUCUGUUUCAAUGGAUACGAAUCAGUUGUGGGGCCUGUCAAAGGUGUGUUUGGUAAAGAGACUACUAUGAACAAAGCUAGGGAACAUUUCUUGCUAGUAUCAGACAGGCCCCCCUAUGUGACCAUACUGUCUGUAGUGCGUGACUCUGUUGCUAGGUUACCCAAUGGAGAAGGCACCAGAGCUGAUAUCUGCGAGUUACUCAAGGAUUCACAGUUUAUAGCAGAGAGUGCAACAGACUCCCAGAUCAAUACAGUGGUCAGUGGUGCUCUUGAUAGACUACAUUAUGAAAAGGAUCCGUGUGUUAAAUAUGACACCCAUAGAAAACUGUGGAUCUAUCUCCAUAGGAGCAGAAUGGAAGGAGAGUUUGAGCGCAUUCAUCAGGAACAAGCUGAAGCUGAGAAAGCCAAGAAAGCCAUGCAGAAACCUAAACUAUCAGCAAAAGUAAAAACACCUGUUAAGGAUAUAACUGGGAAGUCUCCACCACUUGCAAGACCUUCUUCAUCACUGAGCGAAACAAGUAAUGACAGUUUAGUUAGUAGCAAUCUGAGUUUUGAACCACAGAGUCCAAACAAAUCACCAGCUGAUGCUACAUCUACCAGUCCAAAGGGCUUUGCUAAAGUAUUGAUGGGUGGCAAGUCUGUCAUCACUUCUACUAAUCCAAGGAUACAUCCUCCUGCAUCUGUGUUGAGUCCCAGAGUCAGUACUCCAAGUACGCCAGGUGCCUCACCUGGAGGAAUGGCUAAAGGUAUGCCCACUUUGCUAACUUUUGGCGUAAAAGAUGUGACUCAAACUCAAAACAUGGUUGCUGCUUCUGGGAAAAGCCCCAAGGGUGGAAUUGCUGGAUCCUUUCCAGUAGCCAUCUCCGGUGUAACAGUGCAUUCCACCACGGCAAGUGCCAUACCUGGUACUGUGGUCUUGAAAAAUACAAGCAGGGCUGCGACAAUUCCAGGGCAAGUGGCUACACUGACUACGUCUGCAACAACGUCUGUAGCUUCAAGCAAUGUGAAUCCUAUUCUGGUUCCGGGAAGUGUCAUUCAACAGUCUCAUCCCAAUGUGUCUGUGCCUGCUGCAGUUACCGUGACAACGAUACAGCAUGCUAUGGCACCAACAGGGAAAAUAUUAAGCCACAUUGGAGGGAAACCAUUGAAGGGACAUGCAACUCAGGCGGGAUUGAGGCCUACAGUGGUGCAGUCACUUGGUGGUAAGCCAUUUUAUGUUCAAGCAGCUGGGGUUGGAAAGCAAUCCAGACCAACAUUACAUCCGCUAAGAAUGCCAGCACUUGGAAAAAUACAACCAGGAGCUCUUGGUCCACUUGGAAUAAGACUCACUGCACAGGGCUUUGAAGCAAUUCCAACGCAGCAUGCACAAGGUGCUACUAUCUCUCCCGGACUAAUGACUGUCUCCGGGGACAGUGGUUUAAGAAUAAGUCAAACACAGCCUAUGCUUGGUGGCAAGCCUGUAUCACUAGUUCUAGGUACACAGUCUUCUAGUAUACCAGUCAGCACAAUCACUUCUCAGACAGCAAGGCAGUCCAUUGCUCCUACAUCUUUCUCCGCCACUCAAUCAACUACAGCUGUAACGACGGCCUCUAUCGCUUUCACCUCAACGCAACAGACAGUCCUCCCUGCUACGGCUGGUUUGAAAUUUGCCCUGGCACAGGCUUCACAAGCUAAUAAAGGUCUGCCAAAAGGAGCAGAGCUGAAAGCUUCAACAGAGCAACAGAAACCUGUCGGCAUCAGCGUGAUCACCACAGCGGGAACAACAGAUCCAAAGAAGUCUCCAGGUGUCGGUAUGCCAAUGUCUGUGUUGUUGUCCGGUUCACCACACUCUAGACAAUCCGCAAUUACAAAAAGUGAGUUCCCGUAAUUGCCAGUUCCAUGUUUGCUGGAAUGCCUUCAGGACUUGCUGGAAAAGGCAUAUUUUUAGCGCAAGUGCCUCACGGCUCAAAAAUCAUUACCGGUGGGCCAGCCUCCACGACACUCAGUGGGCAGAAGCCACCAUUGUUUGUCUCCACCACAGCCAUAGUUACACCAACAGUUGCGCAAUCUUUAUCAACUCAGUCUACGGUUGUUAUGACUACUGCACUCCCAACAACCACAACAGGUUCAAGCUCAACUGCAUCAACAAUAUCUACAUGUGAAGUAACCCCAAAAUGAUCCACAGUUUAAUCUGUUUGUAUUUCAAUUGGGGUUCGAAAAUUCUUGGCAUAUUACUUGGAAUUAAAAAGCUACAGGCGCAAGCUUUUGAUUGACAGAUUUUAUUGAAUGAAGUUGUCAUCAGUG